AUGUCUUCGGUAACCCACGCUCUGCUCAUCACCCUGUGCAAUGUUUGGUUCUUGGUCAGCAGUGCUUCAGUGGCGGAACCAGAUGUUACUGUGAGAUGUGCUGAAGAAGUGCUGCUGCCCUGUAACGUUCUCCAGGACUCCUCAGUCACCUACCAGACAGCAUCUUGGUAUAAAAUGUCUGGCAGUGGCGAAGGAAUAGCAUGGAAAGUCCUUGAUGUGGAAUCUCUUUAUCCAAAAGAACUUGGGAGGUCCCUGGAGCUCACCAAUGACACCUUUCUUUCACUGAGGAUCAGAAAUGCAACUAGUCAAAACAGCGGGACAUAUAAGUGCAUUUUGGGGGAGCAGAGUGGAGAUCACAAUCUGAGCAGCACAGUCACAUUAAAAGUAACAGGUUGCCCUGGAAUAAAAGACGAGAAACUGAAGAAGUACAAAGCUGAGCUUUUCAUGCUGACUUGCCUUGGGAUUUUUUACUUGCUGCUCAUCUUUUUUACCUGU